CAUUGAUUGUGCAUUGAUUGUGUGUCAGUAUUCUGUUCAAAUAUUGAAUAUGAUUAUUUGUAAUGUUAAAUCACGUUAAAUAAUAGUACAGUAUUGCGGAAACGUCUAAGUACAUAAUGAUGUAUAAAAUAUUUACAAAUGAAAAACAUGGAAAUUGAUGAAACAAAAGAACCGAAGAAACGAAAACGUGGAAUCGUUUAUUUGUCAAGUAUACCGAAGUAUAUGAACAUCGCGAAAAUUCGUGAACUUCUUUCAGAAUACGGGAAAAUCGGAAGAAUCUAUCUACAAUUAACAGAAAAUGAAGUGGAAAGAAGUAAAACAAAGAAACGAAAGAAAAUUGGUGGACAAUUCUUCAGUGAAGGCUGGGUGGAGUUUGAAAGUAAAAAGGUAGCAAAAUUUGUUGCAGCUACAUUGAAUAAUACACAAAUCUCAACUAGGAAAAGGAGCAAAUUUUACGAUGUUCUGUGGAACAUAAAAUAUCUGCCAAGAUUCAAAUGGGUUCACUUGAGCGAACGCUUAGCUUACGAACGAGCGGUUCGGAAACAAAGAUUGAAGACUGAGAUUGCACAGGCGAAACGAGAAGCCAACUUCUUCUCUCACAAUGUUGAUAGAAGUAGAAAACUGCAACAGAAGCAACAAGAUGGUAAUUUUGUACCACCUACAAUAAAACAGAGAGACACCGAUGCUGAAAUUAGGAGCAAGAAGGAAAAUGAAUCCAUAGAUGAUAGGUCAAAUUUCUUAAAAUCAUUGUUUGGAUAAAAUAAUUGGAAUUCUCAGGAUUUAGAUUAAUAUAACUUCUUUCAAACAACGAUAUAUUUAAAAAUUAACAAAUGGAAGAACAUCCG